AAGCAGGAACUCACAGUUGCUCAUCACCACCUCCUGUUCAGACGACAAGAAGUGCAGCCUAACGAGAGUGCACAGGCCAUGAUGUUUGGGAGCUUGCUGUUUGCUGUGUGUUGUAGCGCAGCACUGGCCCAUUUCAACACUAAUCUAGACCAGCACUGGGAGCUGUGGAAGAAGACCAAUGGCAAAUUGUACACUACUGAGGUUGAGGAACUUGGCAGGAGGCAGUUGUGGGAGAGAAACCUUCAGUUGAUCACCGUUCACAACCUAGAGGCCUCCAUGGGCAUGCAUUCAUAUGACCUGUCUAUGAACCACAUGGGUGACAUGACAACAGAGGAGAUUCUGCAAACAUUAGCGUUGACCCAUGUUCCUCCUGGCUUUAAAAGACAAAUUGCUAAUUUUGUGGGCUCUUCUGGUGAUGCUGUCCCAGAUUCACUGGACUGGAGAGAGAAGGGCUAUGUAUCCAGCGUGAAGAUGCAGGGUGCUUGUGGUUCUUGUUGGGCAUUCAGCUCUGUUGGCGCUCUUGAAGGUCAGCUGAAGAAGACCACUGGAAAGCUGGUGGACCUCAGUCCACAAAACCUGGUGGACUGUUCCUCCAAAUACGGCAACAAGGGCUGCAAUGGCGGGUUUAUGAGUGAUGCCUUCCAGUAUGUUAUUGAUAAUGGUGGCAUUGCUUCAGAUUCUGCUUACCCUUAUCGAGGAGUGCAACAACAGUGCAAAUACAGUCCAUCCCAGCGUGCAGCAAACUGCACUAAGUACUAUUUCGUCCGUCAGGGAGAUGAAAAUGCCCUCAAGCAGGCAGUGGCCAGUGUCGGACCAGUUUCAGUGGCCAUCGAUGCCACCCGGCCUCAGUUUGUCCUAUACCACAGUGGAGUUUACAAUGACCCAACCUGUACUAAAAGAGUCAACCAUGCAGUGCUGGUCGUGGGAUAUGGUACACUUUCUGGACAGGACUAUUGGCUGGUCAAAAACAGUUGGGGUACACGCUUUGGAGAUGGUGGCUACAUCCGUAUAGCCAGAAACAAGAACAACAUGUGUGGAAUCGCCUCAUAUGCCUGUUAUCCAGUCAUGUAGCUGAAACAUGUUGAUUUUAUGAACGUUUCAAAAGGAAUUUUCUGUUUUUAUUGUCCAUUUUCUUGGAUGUGCAAUGUUCUGUAUGUUGCCUUUGUUUCCAAUUCUUAAAUAUCUAAAUGUGUCUUAUCUUAUUAAAAUACAGGAUUUUUAAUCUUG